UCCAGUCCAGUGCACUCUGGAUGGUUUUCCUCUCCUCUGACUGUUUUUUCCCUUUAUUUUAUUUUUUUAGCACACCUAAACCUGAGCCCAUAGGCUAAAGCAGACAUGACAGCAGAAAAGGAAAGUAAUGGACUUGACAACUACGGCUUUGCGCUUGAGGGACAUUUCUGUGAUCUACCUGAAAAAGCAGACAAGCUGGACGCCUCUGCUGAUGACAGCAAUAACAAACUGGCAUACAUCGUAACAGAUGUUCCUCCUUGGUACCUCUGCAUUCUUUUAGGCACUCAGCACUGUUUGACAGCAUUUGGAGGUAUCAUUGCCAUCCCUCUGAUCCUGUCUGAAGCGUUGUGUCUGCAACAUGAUGGCCUUACACAAAGCUACCUCAUCAGCACAAUCUUCUUUGUUUCUGGUGUUUGCACGUUGUUGCAAGUUACCUUCGGCAUUAGAUUGCCCAUUCUUCAAGGUGGCACGUUCACAUUGUUGGCUCCCUCCAUGGCGAUGCUGUCCAUGCCAGAGUGGACUUGUCCUGCUUGGACGCAAAAUGCCAGUUUAGUAAACACGUCGUCCGCAGAGUUCAUGGACGUGUGGCAGAGUCGAAUGAGAGCACUGCAGGGCUCCAUUAUCGUGGGCUCACUCUUCCAGGUGUUUGUCGGUUUCUCUGGUCUGAUUGGUCUCUUCAUGCGCUUCAUUGGACCUCUGACCAUUGCUCCCACUAUCUCUCUCAUUGGACUAUCCCUGUUUGACUCUGCUGGGAGCAGUGCUGGCAACCACUGGGGAAUUUCAUCAAUGACCACAGGUCUGAUCAUUCUGUUCUCACAGUAUCUCCGCCACAUCGCCAUGCCUCUUCCUACGUACAGCAAGGACAAAAAGCUUCACAUCUCUCGAGCCUACAUCUUUCAAAUUCUCCCCGUUCUGCUUGGAAUCACAGUUUCUUGGCUCAUCUGCUACAUUCUGACUACAUAUAAUGUGUUUCCUGCUGAUCCAGAAUGCUAUGGUUACCUCGCACGCACAGACCUGAAAGGAGAAGUUAUAGGCAGAGCUCCCUGGUUUACGUUUCCACACCCAGGACAAUGGGGGAUGCCAACUGUGAGCCUGGCAGGGGUGGUUGGCAUCUUGGCUGGGGUGAUUUCCUCCAUGAUAGAGUCUGUUGGGGAUUAUCAUGCAUGUGCAAGGUUAUCUGGAGCUCCACCCCCACCAAAACAUGCCAUCAACAGGGGUAUUGGAAUUGAAGGACUGGGCUGCCUGCUGGCAGGUGCAUGGGGUACAGGAAAUGGAACCACUUCUUACAGUGAGAACAUUGGAGCACUUGGUAUUACAAAGGUUGGCAGUCGAAUGGUGAUUGUGGCCAGCGGCGUGUUCAUGGUUGUGAUGGGAAUACUUGGGAAAGUGGGUGCUAUAUUUACUACUAUCCCCUCACCAGUGAUGGGAGGGAUGUUCAUGGUCAUGUUUGGGGUGAUUUGUGCAGCAGGAGUUUCUAAUCUUCAGUAUGCAGACAUGAAUUCAUCUCGAAACAUCUUCAUUUUUGGAUUCUCCAUGUUUACUGGUUUGGCUAUUCCCAACUGGGUAUUAAAGAACCCAAAGGCUAUUGCUACAGGUGUAAUUGAAAUUGAUCAGAUGCUGCAGGUACUUCUGACAACCAGUAUGUUUGUAGGAGGCUUCUUUGGAUUCAUGUUGGACAACACUAUUCCAGGAUCCAAACAGGAAAGAGGGAUCCUGGCCUGGAACAAGGCUCAUGAGGAUGACUCCAGUGAAACACUUGAAUGUGGAGAAGUCUACAACCUUCCCUUUGGCAUCAGCUCUUACAUGUCCUCUAUUUCCUGGCUGCGAUAUGUCCCUUUCUGCCCUCCUGGUUUACCCCACUCCCAGGAGCCGAAGCAGCCACUGGGAAAUCCAGAGGCGGGACAGAUCAUUAUUGGAGUGAGUGUGUGAGUUGUGUAUUCACUCUAAUUUGCCAUCUUGGAAAACCUGUCCAUCAAAGGCAGCUCAUUUUGUGCCACAUCCUGAAGUCACUGUACUGUAACAACAUAAGCAUUUAAAUGAUCUUUAGGAGUGACAUCUUUCAUUAAUAUCAUGCAACAAUAUGAUGUUUUUUAAUAUCCAUUCUCACUAGAGUUCACUAUAAAAUGCUAUGAGGUCAAAGUAAUACGGGGAGAUU